CUGUUGUUUGAAAGAGUUUGAAUGCCCAGAAGGAGAUGUGAACGGUGCUUAAUGAUAAGCGCAGGGCGCCUCAGACUCCACAGCCAGAUGAAGCUCGACAUGUGCCAUUGAAGAACCAUAGGAACGUGGACCUCGUGUAUGUGCAAGGGUCGGCUAUCAAACACAUUCCGAGAAAGCCCUAUAUGCUACCAUGCAUAGACGACACCCACAACACGUAGGGGCGUUCAAAAUCCAUAUGUAUCCCACACAUCGAAAGAGAAUGACAUCGAGAGCAGGCCAUUCCAGACUCACCCCAAAUAUGUAGGUUCCCAUGCUAAGUUGCACCGCGAGGCAGAGAACAUGCGAAGGGUGAGGAAGAAUACAUAAGCUCCUUUCAAGACGCCCACGACCACCGUAAACGCAUUUAACUCCGACUAUCAAGCUAUGACGCCUCCCAUAAAAUUCUUCCGCGCCAUUAUACGUUUCUCCAAAAGGAUGAUCAAGGCAGGUCGAGGGAAAACGGUCGACGCAGUGAGGGAGGUACUUGACCCGCCCGACGUUGACGCGCACGCACUUCUUCAGAUGCGUGCAAGGGCAAACAGACGUCUCGACCAGGUACUCGGAGUUACGAGUACAUUUGUAUCCGAGGACGAGAGAAGGCACGCUGAGGACGUCACGAGGGUUGGAGAGAUCUUGCGAGUGGUUGAUCUGGAUACGACAGGGUGGAGAAGGUUGGUCAAGGUAGCACAACGGAGUGUUUUCCAGUUCCUCCCCGAGGCCUCAUGCGACUUCGCCGCUUUUAUUCGCCAUAUCACCUUUCACGCAUGGGUUGUUGGCGUUUUAAACCAAAACGAUCCUCACGGCAGAGUACUCCCAGAAACGGAUCUCACGGUAGAGGAAAUCACCAACGCAUUCUUUGAAUUCAGUGAACACGGACAUACGAACGUCUCACCUAUUCAGAUCCACAACACUCUUGCGCAGUGGGUCGCGGCCCGAGAGGAAUAUCCAGACUACCCCCCAAUCAACUUGGUAUUUCCGCUGUAUGAUAAGCUAUGGCGACUAGUCGCGGCCACGGUCAUCUGCGCACAGUGCUUCCCUGCCUCGCGUAAUCCCCUUCUCGAUUUUGGCGAGAACCCUACGAGACGGCAGUUUAGCGUGUCUAUGGGAGGAUACGGGGACCCAAGUGCUGCAGAUGUCAUCAAAGAGGUUCUGAGACUGCACCCACCCGUUGAGCAGAUCUCGCGGCCGUAUGGACUGCCGAGGUGGCAAGCGAUGCUCAAGGGCCAUGUACAGACAGCGGAUAUAAAGGCAGUCCAGAACUAUGACGAGAGAGGGGCACAUCUGGGGGAGCCCAGGGAAUUCAGGCCUGCAAGGUGGCAGGACGAGGUAAAGCCAGCCAUGUUUGCGUUUGGGGAAGGGACACUCAGAUGCCCUGCCCACCAAUGGGUCCCCGCUUCCGCUGCGCUUAUCGCGUCCAAGGUUAUGGAAGGUGUUGAUGGCGUCAAGUGGAGGAUGGAACAGCCGGGGUCUGACAGAGAGACGAGGUACAACUGGGAGGGUUGGACCAUCCGCAAGGCGACGUGAACAACCCCCUGUGGGGAGGUUGCGAUUGAGGGAACUGGACUUUCGGUAGUACGAGG